UGCAGACCCCGCAUCGCAUUGAUUUUUAUUUGACUUGAUCACAGCCGUCCAUCCCUCCAGCGCCUCUGUUUAAGCAUAUUUGUUCCUUGGCCAGUUGUAUGAAUUAUCUUUCUCCCAAAAUGGUUUGCGAUAUUGCAGAUGAUCACAACUCGAUGCCCGGACACCAGAAAGACGCAAUGAUGGUGUCUGCCGCCCAGAUGUGGCCCCCUUUACCCAGUGCACCUGCAUCCGCCUCACUCUCACCUCCCACCGGGGAGAUCACUAAGGACCAGGUUUAUAUUCGUGAAUUUCAACCCUCGGAUCAAGAAUCUGCCAGGAGAAUUUUUUAUGAAGGUAUUAAAGAAAGGAUUCCUAGCUCGGCAUUUAGAGGGUUAAAAUACCAACCUCUUCUUCAGUGCGUUUAUGCAGUUAUAACAAUAAUGUGCUUUAUUGUGACCAAGUCCUUGCUGGUGACCUGCUGUAUGCCUAUCUUUCUAAUGGGCAUGAGGUUCUACUACAGUAGAAAAAUUAUCCUCAGGCAUCUCGAGUGUACUCUGCAAAUGGACAUGUCUGAUAUAGAGAAAUAUUACAUGAAACAACCAGGUUCAUGCUUCUGGGUAGCAAUCCUGGAUGGGAAAGUUGUUGGAAUUGUGGCAGCCAGAGGCAACGAGGAAGAUAAUGUGGUUGAGUUACGACGCAUGUCUGUAGACUCUAGCUACCGCGGUAAAGGUAUUGCCAAGGCAUUAGGUCGAAAAGUCUUGGAGUUCGCAAUGUUGAACCACUAUUCCUCUAUUGUACUCGGAACUACAGCUGUCAAAAUAGCUGCUCACAAGCUUUAUGAGUCGUUGGGAUUUAAGCACGUUGGUGUUGCUGAAAACUAUGCCGUCCCUGGCAUGACACAUUCAUUACUGGAGAGAGUCUUUUUCCAGCUUCGCUACCACCGCUAUUGCCUACAGCUACGUGAAGAAUAAAGCAAGUCAAGUUCAUUAUCUUCCAUGUGCUUUUAUUUUAGUUGAAAUCAUCACAAAAACAUUAGACGUUUUUUAUUUGCUGGUACAUGGGCCUCGUCAUCUGCAUAAUCAUCUUUCUUCAGUAGAAGUUGAUAUUGCUCUUCUCACAUGUACUGUAUUAUCUGUCCUUUUCUUAAGGAUGGACCCCUGUAAACAGUAUCCUAUUUUAACAAGCACAGGGUCUCGAAUACUGGCCUGUUGUACAUAGAUUUUUUUAAAAAUAUUGCAUUGCAAAAUGGCAUUUAAGUGGGAUAAACUACUGCUGAAUGCUACUGACAGAAUUUGUAAUAUCAGUUGAAUGUUCUGUCUAUAUAUCUAUUAAUAACUAAUUUCCCAGGACAAAGUGAACGGUUGGUACAAUGCAUGAAGAGGAAGUAUUUGCACGCACUUGCACACAGCACUGCCACCAAGAUGCUAAUGUUGCACUUUUAUUAAUGUGCUCAACAGCUAGCCAAACUUGUGAAUAAACCUUGGAGCAUUCAGCUUAUGUGACCUCCCCAAGAUGUCGUUCUCUUCUUAAGCCAGCAAACAAAACCCGUUCAAUGAAAACUCUGAGCCCGUUUGUAAUAUAUUGUACAUAUAAAUAAUUCCUCCAUCUCCUUCCAACUGAUCUUCACAGACACUCCAAUCCAGUGCCAGAAUUCCACAUGUGCAUUGAAGCGUUUCUUUUGUUCCUUGUAACCUUCAUGGCUUAUGCUAAUGAUGCAAUUCAAACAGACGAGAGGCUAACGUUACCUUGGCAACACAUUUGCACAUUCA